UCCCAUGUAUAAGAUACAAUAAUCAAUAUAAUAUAUCUACACACCAAACUGAACAUCAGUAUUAAUAUGACGAUACUGUACUCAGUCACAAACUGUAGUACGACUUUAAACACUGAACGACUGUAAGAACUUGUACCAAACACUCAGCCGCAAGAGGAUAAACAGAUGGAAAUAUUUGUCGCCACUUUUCCUCAUUUCUUACCUGCUUCCAUGUUACGACUCGCAUCUGUGUAUGUGGCAGCACACAUGAUGGCCUCGCAUCCGAACACAUAAGUUAGAAGAGAAGACGCCCUGUAAUAAGAGAGAAAGGCAGUGGUGUUGCCCGAUGGCGCAUGCUCAGAGGGUGCGUCACGUCUUCAGCAGUGUUGCGUGUUUAGCUUUGCUCUCAUGGGGCACCGUGUGUUUCCUCGCUUCACAUCACCAGCAGGAAUUUCAAAAUUUCGGAAACGUAGAGAGGAAAGUAACGUUUAAUUGGGCGAAUACAAAUGUGUACAACAGGAAUCCUGCUCAACGGCUGAAAAGAUUUCUUACGAAUCCUACCGUGUCCUGUAAAAAGUUGCGGAGCGUCGGGGGUAGAUCCUGCCUUGGAGCCUCCGACGGUGCCAAGCUGGUGUGCAUGGACGAGGGAGUGGCGCCGACGGCUCGGAAUUGUCUCGUGUAUUCGUUUGGGGUCGGCAACGACUUCACUUUCGAUGAACAGAUGCAGGAUUUCGGCUGCGAAGUCCACGCCUUCGAUCACGACGUAGACCAUGAAACGUACGACCACAGGAUUGGCCCGAGCGUCUUCUUCCACAAAUCAAGAAUCGGCUUUAAGACGGGAUACUUCAAGUUCUGCACGGAGAAUCCGUCUGGGAUAGAAUGCAAUCCCUUUAUCCGGUAUAAAACAUUCAAGGACAUACAGAGAUCUCUCGGGCAUGAAAUGCGUUACCUGGACUACUUGAAAAUGGACAUCGAAGGAGGAGAGUGGAUUGUGCUCGAUAACAUCAUCCGAACCACCAAUGUUCUGAACACCACUUCACAAAUCUCCUUAGAGAUCCACUUUGAUGAAAUACGAAAAGAAAGACCACUUGAAGAGAAGCGAAAAGACAUAGAAAGAUAUUUAGCUGUAUUUGAUGGCUUGGCUAAACUUGGAUUCCAAAUAAUGAAUUUUGAAGAGAACGAAAUGAACCCACAAUAUGCGACUGUAGAUGGAGUAACAUUUGCAGUUUAUGCUGAAAUUUUAUUAAUAAGAAGGGGUAUUUAAGAAUUCAAUUGAAAUUGCUAGUAGGUGUUAUUCAAUGAUUUAUUAAUAAAUGAAAUUUAAAUUACUCAAUACAUGAGUGUUUGUCUCUUUGUACCAGCCCAGAAUUAACCACUAAGUCAGAGCAAGUUAUUCAGGCACCAAUGGAAGGGUGCCUGAAUAACUUUUUUGUUUUAUAAUUUAAUUGAACUACUUUGUUCAUCAUUGCUCUGUUACACUCACUAGGGAGUGAGUGGAAGCAGUGGGUUGAUUAUGGCACCCUAGAUAAUUUUCAUCAUAAUUUCUCUUCUGUCUAAUCAUAAGGCAAUGUGGCCACUUCCCAGUUGCGUAGCUACUGGGGGCCAGUUAUCACCGCUCCUGGCCAGUUGAUGGAAGGGCCACUAGAGGUGCCUGUUAAUUCUGUUUGAUUUUAAAUGUUUUUGUACAGCCAUAUUUUUAACUAUAAGUAAAUGAAUGUAUUUUUGUCAUAUAUAAAUUUCAUCAAACCUAAAAAUUAAAGGAUACCCCCUGUAUUUUUUCUUGUUCCUAAUUUGUUUGUAUUUGUAUUUUAUCUACAUGUAUCCAGAUAUUUCUCUGUGAAAAGCUCUUGUGGUAUGAUAUUUGACACACCAAAACAUGUUUGACCUAUAAUAGAAAAUCCUCACUCUAAACAUUAUGCAAAACAGUGAUGAAAUCAAAGAAAUUGGAAUGUAUACUAUCCAGAUAUCAUAACAUUGGCAGGGCAUAUACUGCUGUUCUAUCUUCAUGGACAUGGCCACAUUGAUGACAAUGUGCAUAUGGCAUCGGUUAGCCUGCCGGGCCACUUGCAGUUGCAUAUCUGUACAAACUCGGAAUUUCAUUACAUCCCAAUAUCAUCCAUUCCUUUAAUAUAUAAACUGUUUAUCUUUCUUUGGAUGUCUCAAUAUGGAAUAAGUGCAGCCACCGAAACUGUGGUUAAUAUGCCGUAAUGAAGCCUGAAGUUAUACACAUAUAUAUAUAUAUAUAUAUAUAUAUAUAUAUAUAUAUAUAUAUAUGUGUUUGUGUAUUAUUUAAUCACCUUUAGUCUUUUCAGCUUUGUACUUGAAUGUUUUAGUGAUUAACCAUCUCUUUAUCAUCUUAUGCUUUCUUAUAAUAAAAGUUGACUAAUUAAGCACAAUGCCUUAAUUAUAUUAUCCAUAUUCAUAAUUGCCCUCUAACUAUAUCAUUAGUUUUCCUCAGCAAUGCAUCGACUUAGUAAUGUUAUAUGGAAAUGAAGGAAGGACCUACUCAAUCUCUGCAUAGAAUGUACAAUUCUUGUUCUUACAAUUCAACAUAAUCACAUAUAGGAAAAUGGGAAUUAAUUGGAAUUUAUGAUACAUCUUUUCUUAAUUUAAUAAAUUAUGUAAUCAAUAAAUCUCCUACAUAUGAAAUGUAAACAUAAUCUUUGAUUCUGUAUGUUAUUUUAUUUAAAACACAUUACACAUAAUAGUCUAGAAAAAUACAUCUUACACAUCCAAUUAUGUGAAUAUAUCUAGAAAAGCUUAUAUGCUUUAAUAUAGAUUCAGAUAUCCUCAUUGUUCAAUAAACAUAAGUUGGCCUCUAGUUCAUACAAAUAAAUUUUCUGCGUUUGUUAAUAAAAAUGUAUUCCCAAUAUAUAAAAAAAAAAUCAUCUGAAAAAAGUGCAGUACACUAGAAAAAAGUCAAACAUCAAUAUCAAGAUAUAAAUCAUUAAAAGCUCCUCUCUUGAAAUCUUUGCAGUCUGGAAAAAAUAGAAACAGAGAAGCCUUAUAAUGCCUCACACACAUAUGUAUAUGUGUGUGUGUGUGUGUGAGUGUAUAUAAACAUAUAUAAUAUAUAUAUAUAUAUAAAUAUAUAUAUAUAU